AUCUCGGGCCUUGAUUCUUACCAUCGGCCUUACGGCUACCGACAUGGUGAAUUCUGAUCAACUUUUACAGAAAAAAGUCAGAACCUCAUAAUUAUACAGAAACUUGGGAAAAAUCAACAAAAUUCUUAGUAAACCCACCGACUCAAACCCAAAAUCUCGAAUUUCUUCAUCACACUAUCACUCUCACUUCACCAAGAGCACAUAUUUUUAGAUCAAUAAAGAAAACCCAUAACCCAGUUUUUGCAUUUGGAUCAUCCAUUGAAAAGGGUAAAGAUAGAUCAUUUACAAUGGCAGUAGCAGGAAGAGGAGGAAGAGGAGGUGGUUCUGGGUCGGGUUUUCGGAGCAUAAUGUCAUAUCCGAUCUUCGUUUCCAUUAUUGUUUCUCUUCUCUUUCUUGCUGCUCUUAAACUUCUCUUUACCUCUCCUUAUUCUUCUUCUUCUUCUUCUUCUUCUUCUUCUUCAGAUCCAGAGAUGGCAAUGACGGGCAAUGCAUAUAUUCAUACAUCGUUUCUAGCUUUGAAGUCGGAUCCUUUGAAAACAAGGCUUGAUAUGAUUCAUAAACAGGCUCGUGAUCAUAUGAUGCUUGUUAAUGCGUAUGCCGCCUAUGCACGAAAAUUGAAACUCGAUAAUUCACGGCAGCUUAAUAUGUAUGAUGAGUUGGCACAAAAUUUCACCGACAUGUUGUCUAAACCCUCUUACCAUGCUGCUUUGUUUGAGACCGAAGGCGGUGUAGACGAGGAUACCUUGAGGCAAUUUGAGAAGGAAGUGAAGGAUAAGGUGAAGGUUGCAAGAGCGAUGAUUUCCGAAGCUAAAGAGUCAUACGAUAAUCAGUUGAAGAUUCAGAAAUUGAAGGACACCAUAUUUGCAGUUCACGAGCAGCUUCUUAAAGCGAAAAAGAACGGUGCAAUCGCAAGCUACAUUUCUGCAAAGUCAGUACCUAAAAGUUUGCAUUGCCUAGCUAUGAGGCUUGUUGGCGAGAGAAUCGCAAAUCCAGAGAAAUACAAGGACGAAGAACCAAAACCUGAGUUUGAGGACCCGACCCUGUAUCAUUAUGCAAUAUUCUCAGAAAAUGUAAUUGCAGUAUCAGUCGUCGUGAAUUCGCUGGUGAAGAAUGCCAAUGAGCCAUGGAAACAUGUUUUUCAUGUGGUGACAGAUAGGAAAAUCGUUGCAGCAAUGAAGGUUUGGUUUAAGAUGAGACCUGCCGAAGGUGGAGCUCAUGUUGAAGUAAAAGCUGUGCAAGACUUUACGUUUUUGAAGCCGUCAUAUGUGCCAGUGCUUAGACAACUUGAAUUAGCGAAAUCGCAAACACGUGACUCCGAGAAUCAGGCCGAGAACACAACUAAAGAUCUCAAUAGCUUGAAAUUCACAGUUUCUCAGGACUUAUCGAUGCUGAGUCAUCUUCGGUUUUACUUGCCCGAGAUGUAUCCUGACUUGCACCGUAUCGUGCUCUUGGAUGAUGAUGUUGUGGUUCAGAAAGAUUUGACUGAUCUAUGGAAUAUCGAUCUCGAUGGUAAGGUGAAUGGGGCUGUUGAGACAUGCUUCGGGUCUUUCCAUAGGUACUCAAAGUACUUAAACUUUUCUCAUCCUUUGAUUAAGGAGAACUUCAACCCCAAAGCCUGUGCGUGGGCGUAUGGGAUGAACAUAUUUGACAUGGAUGCUUGGAGACGUGAGAAAUGCACGGAGCAGUACCAUUAUUGGCAGAACUUGAACGAAGACGGUACCUUGUGGCAGUCCAGAACACUGCCGGCUGGCCUAGCCACAUUCUACUCGAAAACAAAGUCAUUGGACAAGUCCUGGCAUGUACUUGGACUUGGUUACAAUCCAAGUGUGAGCAUGGAUGAGAUUACUAACGCAGCAGUCAUUCAUUUUAGUGGGAGCAUGAAGCCUUGGCUCGAUAUUGCAAUGAAUCAAUACAAGGAGCGAUGGACAAAGUAUGUCGAUAGUGACAUGGAGUUGAUGCGGAUGUGCAAUUUCGGCUUGUAGAUGUUCACAAUCAUCUUCUUCGAGAGCCAGGUAACUAUAAAGUGUUACAUAGCCAAGGAUUCAUCCGAGUUAAUUCUACACGUCAUAUCAUGUUUGCAAUCCUCGAAGGAAAUUUGGUUAUGCUAACUCCAUUCUUUUUGAAAUUUACAUAUCGGUCUCAAAUAUCGUCUAUUUUUUAUUUCUUUUUGUCUUCCAUAGUUCCAUCAGUCACAAAGGUGCUCCUGUUGGACAAUAGUGAAUCACCCAGGUCUCGUAUUUAUAUACAAGAUGUAAUUGUUUGCCCUACACGCUUCGAGUGACUGAAUUUAGCGAUACGUAGACAAAUUUUCUUAUAUGAAUAUUACAAGCUUGUUCAUAUGCAACUGUUAUACGAUGUUUGGUGUUGUUUUCA